AGGUGCCAAAUAUCGCGCGAGCCCGCAGCUCAUUCCGUUUGUGUGCAGUUAUGUCUGAAAGAAGCAGUAGGGAACAUUAACGUCAAAGUUAGCUAUGUAUAAUUGACAAAAUCCCAUCACUUUAAACAGACAGAAGAAGCCAGCAAUGUUACGUAUUCCGUAUCUGGAAAAGGGCAUUAGUGACAACGUUGCAGAGAGAACGGGAGGUUAGUUAGCAACACGCUGCUUUUAUUUUUUAAAAUUCAUCUGUUGCCAGUUGAAGCGGAAUCAACCCGAUGUGAGCAUUUUGAGGCGUUGCCUUUCGGCCACCGUCAUUAACCGAACAGCCUAUCCUCGAGGACCAACCGUCACACACUCGAAAUGCCUUCUACUUGUAACUUGUAGCUAACGGCUGGCUGUAAAACAAAUACAAUGGGUUGUAUCGGCAGCUAGCUUGUUCCAUCUUAACCGACCAUGUAAGCUGUCUUGUCACAGAAGGCAGUUGACUCGUGACCGAUCGCCGUCGGACGGUACAGGACAGGAGCCAGUUACAGCCCAACGAACAACGACAAGGAAAGACGCACCAAGACUCUCGGUACAUCCGAGCACUCCCCUCCCAGCGCCGAAGUCAAUGUUCACAGUCCUGUUUUAUUUAUUUAUUUUUUCGUUUGACGCCCCCAUAUUCCUGCGCCUACACCCGUCUCAACACCCUGAAGGCAGAGAGAGGAGGGAGCUCUGGGGUCCCCGACACUCAGCCGAGGGGAGGCAUCGCUGAAAUGAGAUGAGGCUCAGAAAUGGAACUGUGGCCACUGCGAUUAUUUUCUUCACGUCUUUCCUCAGCCUGUCCUGGUACACAUCGUGGCAGAAUGGCAAAGAGAAGCUGAUAGCAUACCAGCGGGAGUUCCAUGCCUUGAAAGAGCGCCUUCGUGUGGCAGAGCACAGGACGCUGCAGCGCUCGUCUGAGCUCAACAACAUUCUCGAGCAGUUCAGACGCGCCAUCGCCGAGACUAACAGCAGCAAAGAUGCCCUCACAAACUUCUCAGAUGAGACACAGAAACUACUGAAGGAGCUCACAAAUAGGAAACCUCUCCAGGUGCCAAAUAUCUAUCACCACCUGCCUCACCUUCUCAACAAUGAGGGCAGCCUGCAACCUGCCGUACAAGUUGGUCUCGGACGCACAGGAGAUGCUCCCCUCUGGCAGGAGGCUGCGGUCCAUCAGGACCAAAAUCUCACAUCACAUAAACAGUUUCUUUCCUCAUCAACAAGGCCCGGGACCCCCACUGACACUGGCUCUCAUACCUACCCAACCACCCAUUAUGUUACCAUGGUGAUGGGGAUCCCCACAGUGAAGCGCAAGGUGAAGUCUUAUCUGUCAGAGACGCUCCGUUCACUAAUAGACAAGCUGUCACCAGAGGAGAAACUUGACUGUGUUAUUAUUGUCUUCGUUGGGGAGACUGAUGUGGACUACGUUCACAGUGUGGUUGCUGGCCUGGAGAAAGAGUUUUCUAUAGAGCUGAGUUCAGGCUUGCUGGAAGUGAUCUCCCCACCAGCCACCUAUUACCCUGAGCUCACCAACCUCAAAGAGACUUUUGGAGACUCCAGAGAGAGAGUCAGAUGGCGAACCAAGCAGAAUCUGGACUAUUCCUUCCUCAUGAUGUAUGCUGUUAGCAAAGGAGUUUAUUAUGUCCAGCUGGAGGAUGACAUUGUGGCCAAGCCCAACUACUUUGCCACUAUGAAGAACUUUGCCCUGCAGCUCUCGUCAGAGGACUGGAUGAUCCUGGAGUUCUCUCAGCUGGGCUUCAUUGGAAAAAUGUUCCAGGCCCCAGACCUGAACCUCAUUGUUGAGUUUAUCUUCAUGUUUUACAAGGAGAAGCCUAUCGACUGGCUGCUGGACCACAUUCUCUGGGUCAAAGUCUGUAAUCCUGAGAAAGACGCGAAACACUGCGAGCGGCAGAAGUCCAGCCUACGUGUGCGGUUCAGACCCUCCCUGUUUCAACACGUGGGACUCCAUUCUUCUCUCGCUGGAAAGAUCCAAAAACUCACAGACAAGGACUUCCUGAAGCCACUGCUCCACAAGAUGCAUGUCAACCCCCCAGCUGAGGUUUCCACUUCAGUGAAGGUGUAUCAGGGUCACACACUAGAGAAGACGUACCUAGGAGAGGACUUCUUCUGGGCCAUAACUCCUACUGCAGGAGACUACAUCCUCUUUAAAUUUGACAGACCUGUUAGCAUAGAGAGGUUCCUGUUCCGCAGUGGUAACCAGGAGCACCCAGGGGACAAGAUUGAGAACACCACAGUGGAAAUACUGCCUGUCUCGGAACCUGGACUGCAGACCAAAGAGAAGUACAAGCGAACAGAAGAUCGCUUUUACAGGAUUGGUCAGUUUGAGAAGGGUGUGGCAGAAGGGGCUGUAGAUCCUUCCUUCAAUCCAGUCCUGGCACUUCGGCUUUCGGUUCUCAAAGACUCAGCUGUGUGGGCAAUCCUCAGUGAAAUACAUAUAAAGAGGAUAGCUGGCUGACUCUUCUGGAGCGGGCACAUGAAUCAUGGCCCCAGGGAGACCAAAAUCUCCUAGACUGCUUACGCAGGGCCUCUGGCACCUAGCAACCAGCAGUGAAGUCAUUCGAGCCUACUAGAGUUGCUCAUCUGAGCUUGUCUGAGGAACACCACCUCUCUGUCCCCACUCUUCCUAUUCUACUUUAUUUAGCUUCUCAUCGACCAAUUUCUCCCUUUCUUUCUGCAUCUCUCCCUUACUCUUGUGCUCUUAAUUAAUUUGUGAGAAUGUGAAUACUACUGUCUAAAGAACAACAGCAGAGUGUGUGAAGACAUCUGUUCCCAGCUCUGGCUAUCAAAGAGACUGUGUUGUUCAGCAGCUUUGAACACAAUCAGAAAACGCUUGGACAAAGGAGGACAAAUCAUCACAUCUGGGGAGAACCAGUCCCCUGCCUGUUGUAGAUGGUGCCAAAUCCUUCUCUGUUACUCAAUGCUGCCACCUUUGGGCAAGCUGGGGCAUUGCACUGUCACUAGCACCUCAGCAAAAGCCUGUGAUGAUCAAGAAUGUUGUCAUCACUAAUGGCCAGUUGCUCUCUGUUCUCGACAGUGAUGACUGAGCUCUAGAUCAACACCAGCCCAUACAAAAAUGUUUCCCUCACUCCCAGAGUAUUGUCAGUCACACUCAAAUACUCCAGUAGUCCUGAAACACAAACUCAGGAUGAGCUUACUGUUCCAAAAUCCUACCUGUCGCCAGUCAGUAACAACCAAUCCAUCAAGAAAAUGAGUACCAUACCAUAUCUAUCUCACCUCCUGUCUGACAGACUGUGUAAAACCUCAGUGUCCAUUUAUAGUAAACUAAGAAGACAUUGCCUUGGUGUAAUUUUCCCGAAGGAAUAUAUUGUUAUAUUGAUAUAUUAUUACAGCUACGACGAUCUAUGAAGGUAACUUAAUUUAUUUGAAAUAAAUCUUUAAUUUGUACAAGAGGUAAAAUAUAUUUUUAUUCUAUUAAGAGAUGUUUAUGGUAGUUCAGAGUCUGUUUUAUUUGUGUAUUGUUGUGUUUUUUUUUGUUUUGUUUUUUCAGAAUUGCUAUAUUUUAUUUUCAUUAUUACAGCUACUUGCAAAGUUGCUUUGUCUGCUGGUGCAAGCAGCUCGGUUCAGUCUGUACCAGUUUCUUUUCAUUUGAAGCGAAGCAUUACAACUAAAACAAUUAAUUUUCAGUAUGAGAGGUGUGAAUAGAUUCUGGUGAAGUAGUUGGGGGUCAAAAUUGGAAAAGUGUGCCUUAUAUCCAGGUCCCAUAAAAUUGAUUAUUCCAGUCUGUUCCCUCUCACUUUUGCCUACACUUUGAUUGCUGGAUAUACUAAUAUUUUUAAAAUAACAAACAGUCCACUUAGUGAUUGGAUGUUAAGAACAAUAUUUCUGUGUAAUACUGAGUGAAAGUGAUUUAAAAAAAAAAGAUGGGGGGUUGUACCAGAUUACCAUCUGAAACAGCCUUAUUUGCACUGCUUUUUCACUAUUUUUUGUUACCAUCACACCCUUCACCAUCAUACUUAAAAUUUCCAUCUUCCCAUUGUAGUUGCUCAUUUCACUGACUCUUCCAAAUCCACCUAACAAUUUAUUUUGUCCAAUCAAGUAUCUGUUUUUGGAUAGGACAGAAUAUUAUGACUACUGAUCAAUGCAGAGUGCACCUUUUGUUGUAUGAUUUGGCUGAGGUUGUGUAGUACUUUCACUGAUUUGUAAAUAUAUAUAAAAGCAAUGAACAUUAUUUCUCUUUCUUUCCCUCGCUCUCUCUCUCUUCUGCCUCACUUAAUAGUUCAUUGAAAUUCACUUGACAUGUUUUGUAUUCAUGUGUGGCCAAUAGUGGAAGCUAUUUUUAAAUGAAACUUCACUCAUUUUACAUCAUACUGGUUUAUUCAAGGGGGUUGUGAAGUGCUUUUUGGUGGACUUGAUGUGAAAACGGGACAAUUUUUGCUAAUCAUGCUUGUUCAAGUGCAUGAUUAUUAUUUGUAAUUUAUAAACUUUUUGGGGUUUUUUUUGGACAGAGCAGGCUCCUGAUAAAACCAUCCAUGCUAGAGCUGUACUUAAGAAAACUGAAGUAGCUUGAUCGACUCCUCUUCAUCAAAUUCUUUUAUUAUUUUUUUAUUGGGAAAAGACGAGAGCAGGCCACUUAAACGGUGGAACGUUUUGAAAGACACUCCUAACAGGAUUGGCCUCGCCCCCUAAUCCUGCAUCUACAUACAAACAGAAACUGAGUGCAUGAAAACAGCCUGAGCGGUUAUGUGAUUCUUGUGAUCUCCCUACUGUAUUUGUUGAAAGUGGACAGGAGGCAAAAAAAGAAAGGAACUCUUCCCUUACACCCAUCAGUUCAUGUGCCUUCAUCAUGUACAUGUGUAUGCCUGCCUCUGAUGUUUUUGACAUCAUUUUUCAUGGACAUCUUUGAAAUAAAUGAUAAAAGUUAUUAGAA